UGUGUGGGUAGCGAAAUAGCAAACAGCAUGUCUAAGACAGAAAUUUUUCAGGUCAUGUAUUAAAUCAACAACAGGUUGGAAUACACAGCCAUGCAGAAAAAAUAUCAGCAUGAAACAUCAAGAAAAAGGCCAUUGGUGUAUGGCCUUCAUUUUAUGCAUUUUGGUAGAUGCAAGUGCAUAAGACAUGCCAUAUUGGUCAUAGUCUUGGCCAUUAUGUCUCUUUCCAAAACUGGAGAGACAUUGGCAGUGAAAAGCCCAUCACAGCUGUUUAGAUCAAUGUUGGACUUGAGCCAAUCACUCAUGAGUUCAAAAGGCUUGUUUGAGAGUGCAGUCUCAGUGUCACAGAGCACUUCUAACUACAUGCACUUCCAUGAAGAUGUAAAAAGCCAGAUGCAAGAAGAAACUCGCAAAAUGUUUUAUUUUGGGUAUGACAACUACAUGAAAUAUGCAUAUCCUGAGGAUGAACUCAAUCCCAUUGACUGCAAUGGGAGAGGCCCAGACGUCGAGAAUCCUUCCAACUUGAACAUAAACGAUGUGCUGGGUGACUUCUCGCUGACGCUGGUGGACGCCUUGGACACGCUGGCGGUGAUCGGCAACGCUUCAGAGUUCCGCCGGGCCGCGCAGCUGGUCAUCAAAAACCUCUCAUUCCACAAGAACUCGACCGUGCAAGUGUUCGAGUCAAACAUACGGGUGCUGGGCGCGCUACUGUCGGCGCACCUGCUGAUCGUCGACCCGGAGAAGCCGUUCGGGGACCUGGACCCGGGCUGGUACGACGGCGAGCUGCUGGAGCUGGCGCAUGACCUGGCCUCCCGCCUGCUGCCCGCCUUCGAGGAGACAGGCACCGGGCUGCCGCACCCCAGGAUCAGCCUCAGGCUGGGCGUGCCCGUUGACGGGGUGCGCGAGACCUGCUCAUCCGGCGCCGGCUCGCUGGUGCUGGAGUUCGGCCUGCUCAGCCGUCUGCUGGGUGACCCCGUGUAUGAGAUGCGCGCUCGCCGCGCCGUCGACAUCCUCUGGGGCCUGAGGUCACAGGUCACCGGUCUACAGACCUGGCCGAUCACCUCUGCCUCAGGUAACACGGUGAACGUGGACAGCGGGCGCUGGACCAGCAAACUUUCCGGGCUCGGCGCCGGCAUGGACUCCUUCUACGAGUAUCUCCUCAAGGCGUUCAUCAUGUUUGGCGACGCGGAAGAUUACAGCCGCUUUAACGAGAUCUACGAGAAAAUCAAAAUUUUCAUGCGGAAGGGGAGGUCCCGCUGCAACAGCGGCGUCGGCGACCACCCGAUGUACGUCAACGUGGACAUGACCAACGGCAACACGAUGACGGGCUGGGUGGACAGCCUGCAGGCGGCCUUCCCGGCCGUCCAGCUGCUGGCCGGCGACGUGGAGGAGGCCAUCUGCCACCACGCCCUCUUCUACGCCAUCUGGAAGCGCUACGGCGCGCUGCCGGAGCGCUUCAACUGGCAGAGGAGCCAGCCGGACGUGCUGUUCUACCCGCUGCGGCCCGAGCUGGCCGAGAGUACCUACUUUCUGUACCAGGCCACCAAAAACCCGUUCUAUCUGCACGUCGGUCGGGAGCUGGUGGAGAGCUUGAACCAGCACGCGCGCGCCCGCUGCGGCUACGCCACGCUGCACAGCGUCAUCGACAAGUCGCAUGAGGACAGGAUGGAGAGCUUCUUCCUCAGCGAGACCUGCAAAUACCUCUACCUGCUGUUUGACGAAAACAACUAUAUCAACCGGAAUCCGAUGAAGUACCUGUUUUCUACGGAGGGGCACAUAUUCCCGCUGCAGCAUGGACGCUUCCGGAAGUCAUGGGACGCCACGUGGCACGCGCCUCGGACCAAUGUUACCGAUACUUGCGCUGCGAUCCCAGCGGACCGGAAGCUGACGCUGCCGCUGCGCCAGCCGUACCUGCAUCAGCUGUUCCAGGCGGUAGGCGUGGCCACGUGACACGACCUGGCCGUGGCCGCCCUGGCGGCGGCGCCCCAAGUACCUGGUAGUGGCCAGCCUGGCUGGACGUAGCUCGCGGCGCAGGCAGUAAUGCUAACGCGCCCGGGCCCGUCGGCGUGGGGAUGCUAGACGCCGGCUGUGUGGGCGUGCCGGUGGUACGAGGGUUGAACCGAAUCGAUUGAAACGACGCGGGGGCGGUGGUUUGCUUGGUUACCUGUGAAGUGGUCUUGGGGUGGGGCGUCGUCGGAGGACUAGUUCAGCGUACGUUACAUGAGGUGUGUGAUAUAUUCAGAAGAUUAUAUAUUUUGUUUUUGAUAAAUGUUGAAAUGGAAAGCCUUGUUACGGCCAUCAUGAAGCUUGGAAGAAGUAUUCAGCAAUGUAUGACGCUUGCCAAAGCAGCCGAUGUCUGGAUAAGCCGCAGCUCAAAAAUAGGUGAGUGCCUUGUCUCAAUGUGAUUCCAUAUAAAUAAACGCCAGUUUGUUGA